AUGGUUGCACACCUUGUACGAUUAGACAGGAUCAAAGAUUCUUCUAAAUAUUUCCCAAACAUCAACCAGAAAUUCUUCAGUGCUGACAAACUUCUCAAAACAACACUCCCCAAAGCAUCAAUAGAGACUGGGGGGGUGGGGGUGGGGGAAGAUAUUAAGUCUCUCAAAAAGUUGUUUGGGCCGGGAGGGCGAGGGACGCGGGGCCGGCCGGAGACGCGGAGAGCGGGGCGCCAGGCUUCAGAUCCGAGGGCUCGUUCUCCCUCUCGAGCCAAGUUUUUCCUGAAACGGGACCGGCGAGAAGGCGUCCUGGCGCGCGACUCUGCUCUGCACACCGCGGAAUUUGGGGGAAAAAAAAAUUCAGGGUGUUUCUGCGGCCUGGGACUGGUGAGCACCAACAAGUCCUGCUCGAUGCCACCCAUCAGUUUCCAAGACCUUCCCCUCAACAUCAUGGUCAUCUUCGGCACCGGCAUCUUCGUCUUCAUGCUUAGCCUCAUCUUCUGCUGCUAUUUUAUCAGCAAACUCCGGAACCAGGCACAGAGCAAAGGAUACGGAUAUAAAGAGGCGGUGCCUAAAGGUGAUGCCAAGAAGUUACAAUUAUAUGGGCAGACCUGUGCAGUCUGUCUGGAGGACUUCAAGGGGAAGGCUGAGCUGGGUGUGCUCUCAUGCCAACACGCCUUUCACCGCAAGUGUCUGGUGAAGUGGCUGGAAGUACGCUGUGUCUGCCCCAUGUGUAACAAGCCCAUUGCUGGUCCCUCAGAGGCCACCCAGAGCAUCGGGAUCCUAUUGGAUGAGCUGGUGUGAGUGCUGCCUCCAUACCAAGGCCUGGAGAGAGAAGACCUCUAGCCUCACGGGUGCCUGGUCCUUCCGCGAAGCUGCAGUGAACAAGACUGGUGGGUGGUGAUGGGCAUGCUCACCUGGAGGGACGGGGGUGCAGGGCUGGUCUUCCAGCCUCAGGGUGAGACUAGACGUGCCCACCUCUCUGCUUCCUGAAGCCUGCUUCCCUGCUACUCGGUUCUGAUGGACUUGCCCAUCAGGACCACUGUAUCCUGGUACUGGACUAUCUGCCUGCCUUGUCCCUGCUCUGGGAAAAGAAAUCCAUUCCUAUUUGGCCAAGAACUUGGAACACACCCCCUUGAGGGUUCCCCUGAGGAGGACAGGCUGCCCUGACCUAGAAGAAGGGAUGAGAUAGGCUCUGCCCCACUUGUGACCUCCCUGCCCCCUCCCCACUCCUUCCAGAGGAAGGUUAGAAGGGAAGGAAGGAAAGAUGGAGGAACCAAGUGCCUCCAGUGGAAGCGAGGGAGGCUCUGUAGGAAAUGGGGAGAGCAGGGAUAAACAGAAGAAUAGUCAAUGUUUCCAUGGGACCUAUGGAAACAAAGGCUGGCCGGCCGGCCUGCUGACUACAGGGGGGUUGGUGGCAGCCCCCUGCCCCUCCUAGAUCUGAGGUGCUAUCCGUUCACUGUUCCUCGGUUGAUCUCAGAGCUUCCUAUUCCAUGAUGGGGUUUGAGUAUCCACCGCCCCAGACGAAGGGCUUGGUCUACACCCAAAUGGAUUCCCAGGGGUUUUUUUCUAAAGGAGCAAAAAGGGGGCCUGGGGAUGGGGGUGUCUGGAUAUUAAGGUCGUGGUGGACACCCUCUUCCCCUUUGUAAAUAGUAU